GCAGCCACAGCCCCUGCUUCCCAGGCCGGUGUGAGGGAGGGCAGAAGUGACACUGUCGUGGUUUGAGGGCUCCUGCCCCAAAGCUCCUCAGGUGCAGGUCCCCCACGCCCGCGCCCAUGACCAACAUGAGCUGGAGCUUCCUGACGCGGCUGCUGGAGGAGAUCCACAACCAUUCCACCUUUGUGGGCAAGGUGUGGCUCACUGUGCUGGUAGUCUUCCGCAUUGUGCUCACGGCCGUGGGCGGUGAGUCCAUCUAUUCGGACGAGCAAGCCAAGUUCACCUGCAACACGAGGCAGCCAGGCUGUGACAACGUCUGCUACGACGCCUUCGCGCCGCUGUCCCACGUGCGCUUCUGGGUCUUCCAGAUUGUGGUCAUCUCCACGCCGUCCGUGCUCUAUCUGGGCUACGCCGUGCACCGUCUGGCGCGCGCCUCGGAGCAGGAGCGCAGGCGAGCGCUGCGCCGCCGGCCUCCGAGCAAAGCCCACUGGAGCUCCAAGUGCAACCUCUGUCUGUCCCUGUGGAAUACCGAUCCCAAGCCAAGUGCCGUGCACCUGCUCCCUGGCCCAGGAAGCCAGAGAUGGCAGUGA